AUGGGCCAGUUUGUGCUUGCAGUGACUUCUGAAUCACGGGUCCAGGUCACGCGUAAUACGCGUCCCAGCUUCUACAUGGACCCCAAUUCAACAUUCGUACUAGCCGGUGGUCUUGGAGGCAUCGGACGUGCCGCGGCGCCAUGGAUGGCUGAGCGCGGCGCAAAGAACCCCGUCUUGCUUUCACGAUACGGGCCUCGGGCGGAGGCUGCCAUUGACUUGGUUGAUGAGCUACGAGCGAAGGUCUUUCGCGUAGAGACGCCAGCCUGGGACGUGACGAACCUGGAGACAAUGAAGGAGGUUCUUGGCCGGCUCUCGUCAGAGAUGCCACCCAUCAAGGGGGUAAUCCAAAUGUCUAUUGUGGCCAGAGACCGCCUCUUCUCCGAAAGCCCUACCCCGACUGGAAAGACGCCGUCGACUGCAAGUCCCCUCGGAUCAUGGAAACCCCACACGGUCCUCCCUCGCAGAAUGGACUUCUUGGUCCUCCUCUCCUCAGCAUCCGGUCUUGCCGGAAUAAAAAGCCAAACGAACUACGACGCAGGGAACACCUACGAAGACGCACUUGCCCGGUACCGCGUCAACCAAGGCGAAAUGGCCACUCUGCUGGAUCUCGGCGCGAUGGUUGAUGACGGGAUCCUAGCCGAAGAUCCGAGCUUGUUGCGUCGCGUUCUCGCAUACAGCACUCUCAAACUCAUCACGCGGGCCAAGUUCUACGGCAUCCUGGAUUAUUGUUGUGAUCCGGCUAGAGAGGUGGAGGGUCCGCGUGAGGCGCAGAUUGCGCUGAACUUGGGAACGGGCGGUGGUUAUGGGCUGGCGAGUAUUGAUUAUCAAAGACAGCCUAUGUUGCAGCAGCUGAUGCUGGCUAGGAAUAGGCAUCAGGUCGGGACCGGUGCUGGUGUGGGUUCUGGAGGUACUCAGCAUGCUGUCAGUGAUCGAGAACGGAUAAUGGCGUCAGCAUCUCUGUCGUCGGUUGAACGUGAUCGAUCACUGUCAGUGCUGGGGGUGGACUCGCUUCUGGGCAUUGAGUUGCGAAAUUGGACUGUCAAGAAGCUUCAGGUCGAUCUCGCUGUCUUUGGGACUCAGGGCGCGGCUACACUGCAGAUGUUGAGGUUCUUGGUUGCGCAGCGUUGUACUAAAGGGGAAGAGAGAUAG